AUGGAUUUCUCUGCAGUCAUUGGUGGAGACUUGACAUACGCGCGCACGGAGCUGGGGGAAUUUCACCGUCUCCUCCAGGAGCUCCGGCUGGAUGACAACCGGUUCCAGCGGUACCUCAGACUGACUGGUGCCCAGUUUGAGGACCUGUUGGCUCGGGUCGGUGCCAGGAUCUCCCGUCUGGACACCAACUACAGGCGCUCCAUCCCAGCUGCGGAGCGCCUGUCCAUCUGUCUGAGGUUUCUGGCUACAGGAGACUCCUACAGAAGCAUUAUCCUGCCUGCUGUGGUGAGUGCCAUUUGGGACUGCCUGGUGGAGGAGUUCAUGGCCGUGCCCACCACAGACAAGUGGAGGUCCAUCUCAGAGCAAUUUCAGCAGAGGUGGAAUUUUCCUCUCUGCUGUGGAGCUCUGGAUGUUGUUGAUGCCAACUACUGCUUCCGAGUGAUUGAUGUUGGGGGGUACGGGAGAACCAGCGAUGGAGGUAUCCUGGCCAACUCUGCCUUUGGACAGGCACUUCAUGCUGGAACCCUCCACUUGCCUCCUGACCAGCCUCUACCAGCAGCUGAGCACAGAGGACCUCAGCCUCACUGUUUUGUUGCCGAUGAGGCCUUUCCACUGAGGAAAAACCUCAUGAGGCCUUUCCCUGGACGCAUCCUCCCCAGAGACAAGAGGAUUUUCAACUACCGUCUGUCCCGGGCCAGGUUGGUGGUUGAAAAUGCUUUUGGCAUCCUCGCGUCUCAGUGGAGGAUGUACCACCGCGUCCUUGAGGUCCACCCGGAAGUGGCAGAGAAGUGUGUGAAGGCGACCUGUCUUCUUCACAACUUCCUGCGGAUGACAGCCCCGACAGCCCAGACACCUGGAGUUGGGGGGAGCAUCGCAGGGAGUGAGGUGGAGCCACUGCCAGGUCUGGGGAGAGUUGGCGCCAACAACUCUGCGAGAGAGGCCAUCAGGGUUCGGGAGACCUUCACAGCCUUCUUCUCUGCAGAGGGAGUGGUCCCAUGGCAACAUAACAUCUACUGCACAGGCUGCGGUACUGGGUACCGCCAUGCAGUUCGGGACUGGCCAACUUCAGCGUUCGCGGGCAGGAGCCACAAGUUGGUCAUCCCUGCUGAUGCCCCAGACAAGAAGUUCGUUCUGAUUGUCGGGGCCUCCCAUCUACGUGCUAUCGUAGAUGAGUUCGUCCAGAUGCCAGAGGGGAGGAUGUCCUUUGGUUUCAUGUCAACGCCGGGGGCCUCAGCAGCGCAGCUGAGGACUGAGGUUGAGAAUGCUGUUCUCCCUCGGAUCCCAGAGGCAGUCUGUCUGUUGGCUCCUGGCAAUGACUUGACUGCCAGCCGGACCGUCGACGAGGCUGCAGUGGAGUUCAGGAGGCUCCUGACUGCCAUGUGUCGCCGUUGGCCGAAGCUGUGUGUCCUGGAUUUUCCCCGCCGCCUGACCGUGGAGAUGGACUACCAGGAGCUUUUGAGCCAGGAGUACCACCGUGUUGCGGCGCAGAUGGGGAUCUCCUACCAGGCCACUGCUGAGCACUUCCCCUUGGGCCACCGGGAGCUGUGGUGCAGGGAUGGUGUGCACCUCAGUGACAGUCAUGGGAUGCCUAUCCUGUUGGAGUUGUUGUGGUUUGCUUCCUACCAGCAGCUGGAGUCGAGCAAGCCAGAGCCAGAGGUUCGAGCCAGGCCAUCGCCCCCUGUUCCCAGGUGCUCCCCCCGGGUGGACGUGACGGGAGAGGUCACGGUGCCACUGCACUCAAACCCCUUUGAGUGGAACGUCGUUGGACGAGGCAGGAAGGGGAACGUGGUGCUGAAGGAAUGUUCUGUCGUGUUGAACCCCGUGUGGUUUAGCUGCAAACUUCUGGAUGUUUUGGGUGAUGGCACCGUCCACGUUCCUGCUCCUGUUUCUACAGCAGUGGCGGCGCACCAGAAGACUACAAGGGAACGUCGCCGGAGACCUGUUGCCUCCCGGAAGCGGGUGGUCCAGCCAGAGGAGGAGGCAGCUGCGCUGGAGGCCCAGGCUUCUCCCACCCUGGUUCCUGCCUGUCUUGCUACAGUGGCUGAGAGGAAGGAGGUCGGCGCACCUCCUUCUGAUCAGUCACUGGGGGACACCAGGAAGGAGCGUGCCAUGAACCUGCAGGUGGAGGAUGUGCAGCAGUCCUGUGACGCAGAGGGGACGGCAGUGGAGCGUGUGCAUGACGGUGAUGUCCAGGAUCAAGUGAUUCAUGAUCCUGUCAUGUCUUUCAUUCGUGGGUCCUUUAAUCAGGGGCACAAGCGUUUUGGUCGUAACAGGCACAAGCAGUGUGCCACAAACAGUGUGACUGCAGUUAUGACCAAUGUUGUAAAGAGCGCUUGGACUUGGACUCAGACUGACAUUGACAAUGUUUUAGUCAAGGGCAACGACUUUUACACUUACAUGAAGAAACACCACAUGAUUAGUGAUGCUCAUCGUAGUGGGUACAUUUUUGUAAGGGAGUGGCCCAGGGAGCAUGUGUUGUGUAACAACACAUUUAGAUUGGAGUACCUAGACACACUCACAGGAGACAUUGAUGUAGAGGACUAUGACCCUGCUCUGCAAGAUGUGGCCAUGCCUCUGGAUGUUGCUUUCCAGAGGGCCAUGUUUCAGGCAGAUGCUUGCUUGUUGACCAUUAGGAAGAACAUGUGUGUGGUUUUCAAGCAAGGGUCCAGGUUUUCCGUGUUUGAUCCACAUGCACGUGGUGAUGAUGGUGGUUGGCAACCUGAUGGUAGCAGUAUCAUUGCCUACUAUGAUAGUCUGGAUGCACUCUACACGCACGUCACCAACCUUGUCCAAUCACUGUAUGCCUAUGAUGCACAUGCUAGGGACAAGUUGUUUCAAGUCACUGGUGUUAAGGCUGUUGUUGUUGUACCACAUUCUUCAACAAGUGACACAGCAGUACAUGGUACCAGUGCACACGUGCAUGACUGUGAUGAGGUUUCAGGAGAGGGAUGUAGUGUUGACUUUGAGCCAGAAACAGUGACAGACCGUGAGCAGUCAGAGAUAGUGAUAGACAGUGAGCAGCAGUUGGAGACAGUGGGAGGUGCAGAUGACACUGAUGAUGAAUCAUCAAUUUGUUUAGUGUCUGAGACAAAUGCCAGCAAUAUAGAUUUUGUAAUUCAGCAAUUUAGAGAAAAGGUUAAACAGGGCCCAGAAUAUGUUUGCUGUGUAUGUCAUAGAUUAUUAUUCCAACAUCAGGUACUUCAGUGUAGAAAAGAACAAUAUGGAAAGAAAGGAUCUGUAGUAGCUUCAUUGGCAGAUAAAUGUAUAACUUCCACAUAUCUUCAUGAAUGUGGUGAUAAAUGUACUGCAGACUGUACUUUAAAAUGGACACAUGUUGGUAAAUUGUGGAUUUGUCACACCUGCCACAGAAAAAUCCUUAGUGGAAAAGUACCUGAAGAAAGUGCAAUUAAUAAUCUACAGUUAGAUCCUAUUCCACCAGAACUAAAUACAUUAAACUCUUUAGAACAACAUUUAAUUGCACAGCAUAUUCCCUUCAUGAAAGUACUAGCUCUACCUAAGGGAGGACAAAAUGGUGUCCAUGGCCCUGUAACCUGUGUUCCUUCUAACAAUAAUGCUGUUAAUAAUGUACUUCCUAGGUUAGAAAAUCAGGAUUUAAUGAUUCGUGUUAAAUUGAAGAGGAAAAUUACCUACAAAGGGCAUUAUGAAUAUCAGUAUAGAGAUAAAACAAGCGCACCUAGCUCGAGGGCCAUUAAAAGACACCCCGAGGGCCACAAAAGGCCCGCGGGCCGCUACUUGAGUAUGGGGGCUGUAGAUGUUGCACAGGAAGUAUUAGAUCAGCAUUUUGACAGUGUGUUAUCAGUAGCUCCAGCAGAAGGUAACAGUCCUGUGUGUUUGCUUACAGAUGUUAGCAAUGAGGCUAAAUGUUUUCCUGUUCUUUUCCCAAAGGGAACUGGUACUUUUCAUGAUGCCAGACAGCAUAGGUUGACAUUGAGUCGUUAUCUGAAUUGUAGAGUUCUUAAUGCUGAUGGUCGAUUUGGCAGUAACUUGGAUUACAUCUUUUAUGCACAGUAUUUGUCGGAGAUUAAUCAAGUUGUGUCAAAUGUUUCCAUUGCAUUAAGGAAAGGGUAUCAUGGAGGAGAGAACAUACAGAUUACAUCCUCGACGCUUGCUAGUACAGACUUUAUUAAGAAUGUUUUAAAGUGUGACAUGGGCUACAAAUUCUUAAAACCUAUUCGCGGAACACCUGUGUUUUGGCAAAGUGUACAAAAAGAUUUAUUUGCUAUGGUCAGGCAGCUUGGGAUUCCUACUUGGUUCUGUUCCUUUUCAUCUGCGGAUUUACGUUGGACAGAAUUGAUGGAAACCUUUAUGAAAGUGCAAAAUUUGCAAGGCAAUGUAAAUGAAAUGGACUGGUCCCAAAAAUGUAAUUUGUUAAAGAAGAAUCCUGUGACAGCAGCAAGAAUGUUCAAUCAUAGGUUUCGUUCUUUCCUAAAAGAUGUGAUCAUGUCCCCUGCUCAGCCAAUAGGCAAGAUUAUUGACUAUUUUUUUCGCGUUGAGUUUCAACAGCGUGGAUCGCCACAUACACAUUGUUUGUUUUGGGUGGAGAAUGCACCAAAGAUUGGCAGUAACACAGACCAGGAGGUCAUAGAUUUCAUUGAUAAAUAUGUAACAUGUGAACUCCCACCUGAAAAUGAUGAUAUGCAUGAGGUUGUUUCCAACGUUCAAAUGCACAGUAAGAAACACUCUAAGAGUUGUAAAAAGAAGCGCACAACGUGCAGGUUUAAUUUCCCACGACCUCCAAGCAACAAAACAUUUAUCUGUAAACCAAAAACAGAGGAGCAGCAGCAACAAGAUACAACUAACAUAGACCAGCAGCAAAGUAAUGUAAAAACGUGUGAUGCAGAAGCAAAAGCUAAAGAAAUAAUGAGUAAAGUUAAACUAGCUCUUUCAAAUGAAGAAACAACAUUUGACAGUGUUGACGCUCUCUUCAGUUCCAUUGGCAUCACUCAGUCAAUUUUUGAAAAGGCAUAUCAGUUAACUACAAAGAAAACUAGCGUCAUUCAUAAAAGAAAUGUAAACGACGUUUGGGUAAAUCAGUACAACAAAGAUUUUUUGCGUUGCUGGAAUGCAAAUUUGGACAUUCAGUUUGUAUGUGAUCCAUAUUCAUGUGUGUAUAUCAUCUCAUAUAUCUCAAAAGCAGAAAGGGAAAUGGGUUUGCUACUUCAACAUACACAGAACGAAGUUAAAAGUAAAGGGAAACUAGAUGCAAAACAGUCUCUUAACAAGUUAGGAAGUGUGUUUCUGCACAACAGAGAAGUAUCUGCUCAGGAAAGCGCAUAUCGACUGACAAACAUGCGAUUAAAGGAGUGCUCCAGAAAAGUUGUAUUCGUUCCGACUGGAGACAAUAUUGUAUAGAGUCUUCCUCUAAAUGUAAUUCAGAAGAGAGCAGAACAACAAGACACAAACAAAGACCAAAUCUGGAUGACAAACAUCACUGAUCGCUACAAAAAUAGACCUAAAAGUAGUGAGUUUAAAGACAUGUGUUUAGCAACUUAUGCUUCACAAUAUAGAGAUGUGCCCAAAAAUGAAAAAUGUAGAAGCGAUGUGAUUAAAUUAGAUAAUGACUGCGGUUUUGUAAAAAAGAGGACAUGGACAGAUGUGGCUGUUGUGAGAUACGUUCGCUUUUCACCAACACAACAUCCUGAAAAGCACUAUCAAAGCUUGCUUCAGCUGUUCUUGCCUUAUUAUACAGGCAAUCAGUUGAAACCCCCACCAUUUUUAUCUUUUGAAGAGUUUUAUGACACUGGUUCUGUCACUAACGGCAAUGAAAUUAAAUCUGUAAAAGAGGUGGUUGAUUUGAACAGGUCUAAAUUUGAAAUAAAUGCUGAAGAAUUAGAACAUUGUGAAGAAGCUGUAACACACAUAGGCUUUCAAGAAGAUGCUUGGGCUGAGCUUUGUCCUGAAGCUGAAUUGGGGAGAUUAGAAAGUUUGGAGGAGGAGAUGAGUGUUAACAAAGAUUUGUUUCCUACAGAAAGAGACGUUAUUCCAGAUUUGCAACCAGACAAGACACCGGUGUCUAUAGAAUUCCCAAAAAAGAAAAUUAAUCAUUCUGAAGCACAAGCUAUUAUGAGAUCCCUGAAUGAUCUACAGUCACAGGUGUUUUAUAAGAUACGACAGUGGUGCUUGGAUAAAAUUAAUGGUAAAAAUCCUGCACCUUUUCAUGUGUUUAUUUCUGGUGGAGCAGGCACAGGAAAAUCUCACUUAAUUAAAGCUGUGUAUUAUGAGGCAACAAGACUGUUAGCAAGAAUGUGAGAUUAUCCAGAUGAUGUUCAUGUUUUACUCACUGCCCCUACUGGUGUAGCUGCUUAUAACAUUAAUGCUACUACAAUACACCAUAGCUUUGCUAUUUGUAAUAAUGUUUCAUUACCAUAUCAGCCACUAAAAGAGGAAAAGGUAAAUACUGUAAGAGCCAGUCUGAAAGAUCUCCAAAUAUUAAUCAUAGAUGAAAUUUCCAUGGUUGAUCACAAACUAUUGACCUACAUCCAUGGCAGACUGAGGCAAAUUAAACAGUGUGCUGAUUUUUCUCCCUUUGGUAAUGUAUCUGUAAUAGCUGUUGGAGAUUUUUAUCAACUUCCACCAGUUAAAGGAAGGCCUCUUUACACAGACCAAGCAGAGACCAACCUAUGGGGAAAUACUUUUAGUCACGUAGAGUUAACAGAUAUAGUGCGACAGAAAAAUAAAAACUUUGCUGUGACACUAAAUCGCAUCAGGAAACAUAAAAAAGGAGAAAAACUUAAUGUCCAAGAUGAAAAACUAUUAAAACGAUGUGAGACAGGCACGGGUGAUGACACAGAAGACCUUCACAUUUUUGCAACAAAUAGUGAUGUAGAAACCCAUAACUUUAAGAUGCUGCAUAAAGUAUGUUCUGAUAUUGUUCAGAUUAAAGCACAAGACUUUGACAAAAAUCCUCAAACAGGGCGAUUCGCAAAAAAUACUACUUCACAUACCUUUGACAAACAGACAUAUUUAAAUAAAUUGUUGAGUGUUGGUCCAAAUGCUCGUGUCAUGCUCAUCAAAAACAUAGACACUUCAGAUGGUCUUGUUAAUGGAGUAUGUGGCACUGUUUGUCUUGUAAAAUCUGAUGAAAAUACCAAACUCCCCAAAACUAUUUAUGUUAAUUUUGAUGAUGAAAGGAUUGGCAGUAAAUUAAGAGCAAAAUUCCCAUGUACAGUGCCUGGUCUUCAAAAGGCAACACCAAUUGGACGUGAUGAAGACAAAGUAACCAACAGAGGUGGAGUUAGACGCAGCCUCCCCGCUCCGCCCAUCAUGCAGUACACCACCACAACCACCUGGACCUACCCAGAGCUCUAUGAGCCAGUUUUUGCAAAAGGCUAUGACUCCAGCCAGACAGAACACAAUUGA